CGACCCCUGAGGCGGACGCGGCGCCUCCCGCCCUCAACCAGCCUCUCCUGCCGCCAGUGCAGCCCCCUGCCCGUCCGAGCUCCGCCCGUUCGCUGCCCUAUCUCCCGCCCGGGUGCCGCCGGAGCCGUGGCGCCGGGCAGCCAGGCGGGCAACCGCCGCACAAUGAGCGCCGAGUGCAGCAGCUACCUCAACGUCGACAAGGUGUUGGUGAACGGGUUCAGCUGCCCGCGGACGGGCGGCGACGCCCGCGCCGUGUACUGCUGCGGCUUCCAGGACGUCAAGUACUGCUGCGAUGAUCCCCACAGCUUCUUCCCCUACGAGCACAGCUACAUGUGGUGGCUCAGUGUUGGAGCACUCGUGGGCCUGUCUAUAGCAGCAGUGGUCCUCUUUGCUUUUAUCAUCACUGUGUGUGUUCUCUGUUAUUUGUUUAUCAGCACAAAGCCACGCAGCAAACUGGAUACCGGUUUAAGCUUACAGAUGGCAGACAGUGAGACUAGAGGGAAUUCAAUAUGUUAAAAAGCACAGACACUGGAUGGAUUCUACCAUUGCUGUAAUGAAAACAGAUAAAAAGCUGCUACUUCACAAGACCCCACCAAAACAAGCUGUUGGCAAAGCCAAAUGGCUUCAAGAGAUUUUCUGAGCCGUAAGGAUGGACUGUGACCAUAAGCCACAAGAACCUGACUCACUC